AUGGCUGAGGGUCAGGUCUCCUCCGCCAGCUGGUGUGUCUUCUAUGGUGCGGGCAUCAUCGGCACCCUCGUCUUGUACGGCAUCCUCCAGGAGGGCAUUAUGACCGUGGCCUACGACGGGAACCUAUUCCAGUAUUCCGUGUUCCUAGUCUUGUGCAACAGACUGGCCGCAGUGAUGUUCGCAGUGUGUAUGGCAGCUAGCAAAGGUGAGUCGAUGAGGAAUGCCGCUCCUCUCUGGAAGUAUCUUGUCGUUUCCCUCUCCAAUGUCUACGCCAGCUCCUGCCAGUAUGAGGCCCUGAAGUAUGUUUCCUUCGCGGUCCAGAUGCUGGGGAAAAGCUUCAAGAUGAUGCCCGUGAUGAUCUGGGGCAUCAUCAUUGCCGGCAAAGCCUACAGCGGUAGGGACUGGCUUGUGGCACUCGCCGUCACCUUGGGCUGCACCGAGUUUCUGAUGACAGGGCCGACCCAUUCCAAACUGGAUGCCGGCAAUAGCUUCAAGGGCUUCUUGCUGCUGGGCUGCUUCCUGGCACUAGAUGGGCUAACCUCCACAUUCCAAGAGAAACUCUUCAAGGAGCAUAAGACGACGAAGUACAACCAGAUGCUGUACAUCAACGGUCUCUCUGCCACUGUGUCCCUUGUCACCUUGCUUGCUACAGGCCAGUUCAUGCCAGCACUUGCCUUCGGCUUCGCUCAUCCCCAGUUCUGGAUCGACUCCGCCCUGCUCAGUGGCUCGGCGGUCGCCAGCCAAUUCUUCAUCUACUCGCAGAUCAAGGAGUUCGGGGCCUUGGUCUUUGCAGCGACGAUGAACGUCCGUCAGGUUGUCUCGAUAUUGGUCUCUUACCUGAAGUACCACAACCCGGUCACAGGGCUCCAGGUCCUGGGUUUGGGUCUCAUCUUCUCCGCCCUCUUCUACAAGUCCUUGUUGGCUAUGUUGGAAGCGCCGUCCAAGGAGGAGAAGAAGCCGAUCCUGGCUGAGGCGAAGGCCGAAGAGGCGAUUGAGACCUCCAAGGACAAGGAUGAUGUUGGCAAAGAGUGGGAGCGAGGUCUCCGCUUCGUCUCUGGUGAGGACUACGUCUACUCCAAGGAAUCUGGCAGAUACUGCGCGCUCCAUGCGGGCCGAGCCAACCCGAAGGCCUGGUCUUUGGCGCUGGAGUGCCGGAACUUCCACGACGGUCUUAGCAAAGAGAUCUUCUACCAGGAACGCCUGUUCGUCAUGUCGCGACCCCGCGUCUUCCGUCGCUACCACAGAAUUCUGGGCUUGAGCGGUUCCAUCGGCAGUGAGCCCGAGCGCAAAUUCCUGCAAGAGACCUAUCGUGCAGCGUUCUUUGAGGUGCCGCCGUUCCUGAAGACCUGCAGAGGAUCUCCGUUCCACGAGCCUUUGCCGGCCAAGUUGGGGGAGAUGCACACACCCGUGUAUGUCGAGGAGACUGUGGAGGCCCAGACAGCCCGCAUUGCCGAAGUGGCCUUUGAGGCCCGGGAGCGCGUACCCGUCCUCAUCAUCGCCAAAGAUCGGAUACAUGCUGAUCAACUGGUCGAGUCCUUGCGGCUCUCGGCACGCUCACGGGGCCUCGGUGGGGCCUGCGAGGAUGCGGUGCGCUCUUUGUCUCGCACGCUCUACGAGGCCGAGCCAGAGCAGUGGAAGGAGAAUCUGAAUCGAGCCACGAUGCCUCUCGGUGGUGGCGGUGGUCGAAACAAGACCUGGCGCGUGACGGUCACAGACAGGCGCGGUGGCCGAGGAACCGACUACCGCGUGGACGACUCGGACGUGGAUGGCGCUGGAGGUUUGCUGCUAAUUCCUUCCAUUGUCCCCACAUCUCAGCGCGAGUGGAUUCAGUUCCUGGGCAGAACAGACUUUCAGCUGCAACGCCUCAUGAAGGUCACCCAGUCAAAGGAAGAUGCUGACAAGAGGCUGAAGUUUACCAAGGACGGAGAGACGUGCGAUGUUUCUGUGAUCUUCGACAAGGAUCAUGGAGGAUUCGUCUGCAAGUGUGAAAACGGAACCACUUGGCCAAUCAAGGAGGCGAUGACUUACUUGCAUUUUGGAGAUGUGGAGCCCAUCCAGACUGUAACUGACGACGCAAUAUCCAGGAUGUCCUACCAUGCGAUAAUGGAGAUAGACGAUGAUAACCAUCGCAGGUUUUCUGCCGAUCGCAUUGAGAAGGGACCGCGUUGCCGAUUCCAUCGUAAAUUCGGCGAAGAUCGGUUCUUGCGGGUGACCACCUGCGCGAAGUCACGUGGAGAUGGUGCUCCGGAAACCAUGCGCUUGAGCAAACAGAUGCUGAAACGACACCUACAACCAUUCUCAUGGUGUGGUCGCUGGUGGUCUUAUUUCACAAGCAAGGUGCGCAAGCAGGACAAGCGCUAUCGGAAGGACCCUGGUGCCAAGCGAGAAAUGCAGCACAUUUUCUUCGCGACGUGCAGCUGGACACCUGAAAGGGAGAAGGAAGAAACGGCAAACGAGCAUGUGCGUGCUUUCUGGAAUGAUCGCACACCCUCCAUGAACCUACAGGAAUGGUCUGUGCAGACGGUAUACAGAACUCACAUCCCGGAGAAAGUCACAAGCAGUUGCUGCCCGACAUGCAAACAGCAUUUCCUCUGCCGGAAACCAGACAGAACUUGGCGGAACGAAAAGGAUCUUCAGGAGAAGGGCAAGUACAUGAAGCGCCUAGAUCUAGGUUUCACCGCAGCGACUCCGACCAUCCAGUUUGACAGCUGCCACAUCUAUGAGGAGGACGACCUUCGGAGUUCCUCUGGCGCGGUGCUCACGGAUGGAUGUGGACGACUGGGCCUGGACGCAGCAGAGGCGAUCAGCCGCAAGCUGGGCUUGGACUUCAUCCCUGCUGUGUUCCAGGGCCGCAUCGGAAGCUGCAAAGGCCUGUGGAUCGUGGACACAGCUCUGGCCGACUCGCAUGGCAUCGAGAUGAGAGACAGCAUGACGAAGUGGCUCAUGGACUGGGCGGAUAAAGGUUUAGACAAGGAGGAUCGUACCUUCGAGGUCCGUGCCUACUCGAAGUUCUGCGCCGACUCAGCGUUGCUAAACGGACAGCUGAUUGCCGUUCUGGAAAGCGGCGGCGUGUCGGCUGAAGUCUUCGAGCAGCUGCAGAAGGAUCACCUGGAUGCUUUUGCGGCGAAGAAGUUUGGCGGUGAUACGUCCAGCGUAGCCCGGACGAUUUCCAAUCCGCAAGAUGGCAAGUCUGGUUUGGUCGUGGAUAUGUGCAACGCAAACUACGACCCAAGGAUGGACCCAUACGGAAUGAAGUGGCUGGUGGAAUACAACUAUGGCGCCGUGAAGGAGUUGGCAGAGCGUCCAAACUACGAGUGCAAGCAGGCAUGGCGAGCUUUCAUCGCACCCGACUUCUCACAAGCGCUACGCCCAUCGGAAGGCAUCUUCCGUAUACACGGCUCCAAAAAGGGAUACCUAUCUGGAGACGUUGUUGUUGCACGCAGCCCUUGCACCGCACCCUGGGACGUGCAGAAGAUUCGUCUCCUGUCGCACGCCGAGAUCAUAAGGAGGUUUGGCACCCUGGGUCCCAGCUUCGUGCAUGACAACGUGCUCAUCAUGUCGGCUCACACAGACUGCGAGAGGGCGCCGGCUGAGUACCUAGCGGGAGGCGAUUACGAUGGUGAUGAAGUGAUCAUCAUCGCAGACGAGGACAUUGUCAAUGCCUUCGAGCCGACAGGGUACGACAACGACCUCGACAAGCAGACGCAGAAACUAGUGAGUCUAGUGGCGGAGAACCAGCGGACCAGACACCCACACGAAGAUGCCACUGAAGCUUUCGACAUGGCCUGCCAGGCAGCGGCCUUCACGUCCGAGUCUCUGUCUUUGGCUAGCCACUACGCAUAUCUCUGGGCCUGGUUCGCGGACUGGCCUGUCUACGGCGUGAAGCACCACGUCACUAUUCAGCUGGGACUGAUCUACCAACUGUCCCUGGACAACAAGCUACAUGGCGAUCAGACGCUCCAGCUGAACGGUCCUGGACAGAUUGCCAUUACAUGGCGAGAGUGA